CCAGAAUAGAUCCCUGAGGUACACCCAUUUCAACAGGGUAUUUAUCGGAAUUUAUUUCUCCUAUACGAACAAACAUCUUACGAUCUGUUAAAUAACUUCGAACCCAUUCAAGGAAAAUCCCUCUGAAUCCGAGACUAUACAGCUUGUCCAAGAUGAAUUCAAUAUUUAAGGUAUCGAAUGCACGAGAUUCAUCAAAAAACAUUCCCGCCACCGAAACGCCAUUAUCCAGAGAGUCGUAUACGAACUUCACAAAAUCGCAUGCCGCUGUUCCAGUAGACCUGCCAACUCUAAACCCGUGUUGGCAGUUCGUUAUGAUAGAAAAUUUGUCAAGGAAAUUCAUAAUUCUGUCAAAAACUAAUCUCUCGAUAAUCUUUGACAAGGUACUCAACAAUGAUAUCGGACGUUUUGAGCACCGAUGGAAAUUCGCCGGAGGUGACCGAGAGAUUGACCAAGCUCUUUAUUACUCUCAAGACCUCUUCAGGCAUGACCGGGAAGAAGAAAAAAUUAAUGUCGGCCAACCUCUCGGUUGUACAGGAGGUAGAAUUGUAUGCACCAUAGUGCUCAUAUACACUUCUUUUGCCAAUGGUAGAAAAAUAUCUGGCAAACGCUUCAGCUACUUCACCGCAGUCAGAAACAACGUUACCAUCUAUUUUGAGGGCAAUUUUUUCAUUUUGAGAAUUUAGACACAUUUCGUCUUUAACUAUUUUCCAUACAGUCUUAUUCUUAUUAGAAGAAGACAGCAGCAGAUUUUUAUAGUAGGUAUUCUUAGUUGCUUUCAACAAAAACGUGUAUUCUUUUUUCGCUGACGAAUACAGAGCUUUGACAUUCGGAGAAUUCGAAUUGCGAAGCAGCCA